AUGUCAAUUUUGCAAAAUUCCAAAUACGAGGAAUUGUGCAGGCUCUGCGCCUCCAAAAUAGAAAUGUUUCUAGCGAUUAAUAUAUUCGAAGAUGAAGGUACAAUUCGUCAAAAAAUCGAUACUUGUCUUCCUGUGCAGGUACACGAAACUGAUGAGCUUCCUAAGAUGAUCUGUGAAACGUGUUUAUACAAAUUAGAACUGUUCAGUGAUUUCCGAGAGCGUUCUGUUCGAACGGAAAAAUUACUAGUCGAAUUAUACAAACAGCUAUCAACUUGCAUACAAACAGGCCAACAAUGUUUAGUUCCUCUCAAUGGAAACGAAGUCAUAAUGGUUCCUCAGCAUUUACUCAAUAAUCAAAACGUAUCCGAUAUAGAGCUGUCUUCGCUUUCGCAAAACGAAGGGCAAGAAAUAAUCCUAGGUCCCGAUAUUCAAUCACAGUCCUUAGAAAGCAUCGUAACAAACAGCCUGGGCAACCCCGAUUUCUCCAAUCAGACUUUCAACGCGCAGGAACAAACUAGUUCAAGUUCCAAAUUCGAAGAAAAUUUAAACCUAAUCCACCAGCAUCAACUACUCGCCGAUCAGUUCAGGUUGCAGCAGGAUUUGCAGCUCGAAAACGCAACAUUACCGUUACUUAACGACUUCAAAGACAUUUCGAACCAAAGCAACCACAGGUUCGAUCUCCAGGUGAAACUAGCCGAGCACAACAUGUGCCGGCUGGAAUUCGAAGACGGCAACAAGCUCCUUUCGUUGAACGAAGUCGCUCACAAACCCGACUUGGAGACGUACCGGCACGACGACAGCAGCAGCAACAGCAACAGCAUGAAUUCCUUGCCGUUGGAGAAGCGACUCGACGACAUCGCCCCGGACGCUUCCAUGGACAACAAGCAAAUGUUCGACUUGAACAGCACCAGCAACGACUCUCUAUUGGUGCUCAACGCGACCGAGGACUGUUUCUUUUGCAACGUAUGCAGCAGGAAUUUCGAACACAAGGCGGCGUUCGAUGUGCAUUGUUUGGAGCAUUUUCAUAAAUGCGACGGUUGCAAAUCCCUCUUCAUUAGUUUGGACGUCUUAAAUGCGCAUCGAAGGACGUGUCUUGCCGAUCAAAAGGAUAGUAAAUCGCCACUGAAGAAAGAAACGGACGAUUGGGGCAGCGAAGAAAGCGAUAACGACAUUAACACGUUCAAAGAAGACGCUGUAGAGGAGCAGGAGAACCAGCAGCAGACCAAUAACGAUGCCGAAACCGUGGAAAGUACUGAGAAAAAAUCGCAACAUUCGGGCGGAAAGAUGUGCACAGAGUGCGGGAAAAUGUACAAAACGAACUACAAACUGGUAGAGCACAUGCGAAAGCACACGGGGGAGAAACCUUACAAAUGCGGCUCGUGCGAUAAAGCUUUUAGAUCCAAAAUAGGGCUGGCCCAACACGAAGCAAAACACACAGGGCAGUACGAUUUUUCGUGUCCGACAUGCGGAAAGGGCUUUCAAUGUAGAAGUUACUUAAUGGUUCAUCAACGCGUUCAUUCCAACGUUAAACCGUACCCUUGCACAACGUGCGGACAGAAUUUCAAGACUAAACAAUCCCUUCUGGAUCAUACCAAUAGGCAUUUAGGCGUGAAGCCUUACAUCUGUGAUAUAUGCGGCCGGGGAUUUAUUACAAAAGGUCUCUGCCGCGCGCACAAGCGAGUCCACUCGGGCCUGGACAAUCGCAAGUACUCGUGCGACGUGUGCGACAAAAUGUUCGUGUCGAAGAGCUACUUGCAAACGCACCAGCGCAUCCACACCGGCGAGAAGCCGUUCAUGUGCGAGGUCUGCGGCAAGGGAUUCCUGACGCGCGUCGAUCUCAAAAUCCAUUCCACCAUGCACACCGGCGAGAAGUCGUUCGUGUGCGAGAUGUGCGGCAAGGCCUUCGCCAGACGGGACGCCCUCCGGUGUCACAGGAGGUCCCAUACAGGAGAAAGACCUUACAGUUGCGACACUUGCGGGCAAACGUUCACCCAAUUCACGCCGAUGGUGAUCCACAAGCGAUUGCACACGGGCGAGCGGCCGUAUUCCUGCGAGACGUGCGGAAAGGCGUUCGUUUCGAGAUCGACGAUGCUGGCGCAUGCCAAGAAACACGUGUGA